AUGUCUCUUGUAAAAAGAGCCAAAGAAAAAAAGUCGAGCAAAGGAUGCUGGACGUGUAAAAGCAGGAAAAUCGGAUGCGACAAAGGUAUCCCUCAUUGCAAUAAUUGCAAAAGAACUGGUCGACUUUGUGAAGGCUAUGGUGUAAAACUUCACUGGCCAGAAUCGGGUGAUGGACGGAGACCAGUUCAUUCUUGGGAGAAUGAAGCUCAUCUACCUGAACAAACUUUUCUAGCUUUCCCGGCACGUGAAAAAUAUCAGUUUCUAAAUUCGACUUUUGUUGACGUGCGGAUUGCAUCCGGUUAUCAGCAGGAAUGCUAUUCAACACAUCGGUAUAUGACGAGCCCUCAGAGAAGCUUGAAAUUUGGAUAUGAAACUACUAUUGGGUCACGGGAUGCGACAUUAUUGUCAUACUAUACAGAGGUUCUGUCUCGCAUGAUUACGACCAUUGAUGAUAGUUUGAAUGGUUUUCGGAAUUACCUACUCCCGAAUGCGCUUGCAGAUCGAUACCUUUCGUGUCUGAGUCUUCGAUAUGCUAUCCUUGCAGUAUCAGCGUAUCACUUAUGGGGGACUGAAGCUGCUGUACAAUACAAGGUUUCUGCUAUACGACUAUUAUCACAGUCUAUUCAGAGAGGUGAUGGUGGACUUCGAGGGCAAUUUGCCACUUGCAUGAUGCUUUGUGUAGGCGACGUUUUUGAUGGGGCUGAUGGAAGCUGGCCUACGCAUUUAAAGGCAGCAAGGGAUAUUGGCUUGAGAAUGACGAAGGAUCAUUUCUUAAAUACUUGGCUUUUAUAUCAUGAUGUCCUAGCAGAUUUUAGUAAUGGGAGGCGGCAGAGACAAUUUCUGAGUAGCACAUUUUUGGGAGCCCCGAGUGCAAAUCCUGAGAACAAAAUUAUCAUCGGUUCGCUUGGAUGUUCGUUAGAAGUCCUCGAAUGCAUAUCUUGUAUCAAUGAACUUUCCGGAAUAACAGAAAGGCAAGGAGAAUAUCAAGAUUUUGCCCGAGGACUAGUAAAACAGCUCGAAAAUGCUCAUCAAAUCUCCGCAAUCAUGGAAGAUGACACCACUGGCAAGAUUGAUCAAAUUAAAAUAGAAAACACGGCCGAACUUUACCGGCUGGGUGCCCUCAUAUAUCUUCAUUCAAUACUAUCAAUACCUUCCGAUUCCGAUGUAAUACAAGAUCUAGUAAAUAAAGCGUUGGAAAUUCUGACCAGGAAUGGUAUUUGUACAAGUCCAUGGCCAUUAUUUAUAGCUGCUUGUGAAGUUGUAUCUGACGAGCAACGAAUCCAGAUCCUUGAUGUCUUGGAGGAUAUGCAGAGUGAAAGGAGAAUCAGAAAUCUAGAAAUAGUGCGGGGUAUCAUAGAAACAGUAUGGAAGCAGAUGGAUUUAGUAGAAGGCAGUGGCGCAAGUAAGAGAGUUGACUGGAGGAAGUUGAUUGACAUGCGGAAGCGAAUACCCUCCUUCAUCUGA